CAAGCUCUCUAAUAAUAAAAUCAGUGUGUGAAGGAAAGCAUCUCUCAGGGGAAUACGGAGUGGCAGAAAAUAAACAUUUGUUUAUUGCAUCUUUUAUUUAAUAAUUCAUGUUUUAGUCUACGACUUUGGCAGAGGCACCAGGGAGUUCACGUUAGGCAGAUCAUCUCUGAUUAUAUUGUUCAGACACAGUGGGAUCUGUAAAUUUAAUCCUGUCACACCGUGCUGCUUGUUUCAAGUGCAAAGACUUAGGAGAUAUGAAACAUUUUCUAUCUAAUAAUUUAAUAUCUGAUUCGCAUCAUCAUAUGUGAAGUUUUAAAGCCAAAAACAUUAAACCAACUUCCCUGAGUGUGUAUCUUGGAGUAAAUUCAAAGCUGAGUAAAAGCACACAGACAUCAGAGGCUCCAUUCAUCAGCAAUCAAACCUUGACUUUCUCACGGCUGGAUGCUGCAGCGUCUCUGAUCCUGCUUCCCGGGUUGGACCUCAAUUAAAACAGCAGCCAGGCCUGAAUGAGGGAAGCAGACAAAGAAAAGAACAUCAAAGCCCUUUCAUGGAGUGCAGAGUCUUAACCUCUGAUCUCAGGGAGGGAUUACUGUAAUUGGACAGCAGGGAUCGACACCUACGUUGGAGAAUCAGGAAGUGAAGAGCAUCGAGGAAUCACACCCCCUCAGGAAACCACGAGCCACGAUGGGCUGCAACAUGUGUGUGGUGAACAGGCCGGAGGAACAGUACAGGAUCAUGUUUCAGAAGGGAAACACUCUGCGCCCCAUUGAUGCAGAAGUAAAGCUCAAAGGCAGAAGAACAUCUCACCUGUCCCAGGACAAAGAUGGGCAGCCUCAUGAUCCUCUCCUGCUUCAGGUGGUACGUAAGGGUCACAGGAGGAGAUUGGGUACAGCUGCUGGCACGGCUCGGCUCAUGGCUAUCACAGACUGUGUGGACAACGGCACCCAGACCGACAUCAGCUUCCAGAACUUUCUGAAUGGGGACAGAGGGUCUUACCCGAGCAGUGGAUCACCCAUGCCCCCAAACUCUCCUCCCCUCGCACAGCUGGUGGAGCCAUACCUGCUGAAUGACCUUGGUUCUUUGGGGCAGGAAUAUAGUGAUACAAACUAUAGUGACUACUUCAAUGUUGCCAACCAUGAGGUGAAUCAACAAGAAGAGCUGGAAUAUGAGGAGGUGGAGCUGUAUAAGUCGAGUCAGCAGGAUAAACUGGGGCUAACAGUCUGUUACCGGACAGAUGAUGAGGAAGACCAAGGCAUCUAUGUUGGGGAAGUGAAUCCAAACAGCAUAGCAGCAAAAGAUGGAAGAAUCAGGAAGGGGGACAGGAUAUUACAGAUAAAUGGGAUGGAAGUUCAGAACCGAGAAGAAGCGGUGGCCAUCCUGACCCGUGAGGACAGCACCAACUUCUCAUUACUGCUGGCCAGACCAGAGAUAGAGACGGACACUCAUUUGGACCCAGAGGAGAUUGACUGUGAGUUACCUGUAGGGAUGAAUGUGGACAGCCUUAAUACUUCCCAUCUGUCAGGCCUGUAUCAUUUCCGCCAACAGAGACCCCAAGGAGGCAUUCCUGAGGAGACACCCAUGCUCAGCAUAGCAACCCUCAGCAACAGUCAAGAGCUUGACAGUGGUGUGGGCCGAACAGAUGAGAGCACAAAGAACGAAGAAUCCUCUGAGCAUGACAUCCUUCUGGGCGAUGAACAGACCAGCGCCUCCAACACAAAUGCCACCAACACGCCUGGCAGCUUGCGCAAGUUCAGGCCCGGCAGGAGCGGCGGAGGAGGGAACGACAUGCCAUCGCCGCUGUUCCCCCUCCGAGAGCUUCACCUUAGCACAGACUCACUGGACUGUGGAAGUGUGGGUGGUGGGUACCUUCAUGAUCCCGUCAGUGGGAUGAUAAUGCCGGGCCUGACAGAGGAGGAAUGUGAGAGGUACAAGCAGCUUCUGGAAAUCAAGUGUCGGUAUGAGAAGAGGAUGAAGAAAGUGCAGCAGGUUCAAGAAGAGCAGCAGAAAGAAGGAGAGACACAAGUGGAAGCUGAGAAUAGGGAGGAGACUCUGGAUGAGAACAGUAAUGAGAACCUGACUCCACAUGAGAUGGCGCUUUUGGAAGAGGAAGUGAGGCACCUUGAGUUCAAGUGCCGGAACAUUCUACGGGCACAGAAGAUGCAGCAGUUAAGAGAACUCUGUUUAAAAGCCUGGCUGAUGGAGGAAGAAACAUCUGGCAGGGUGUCUGCAGAACCUCAGGGGUCUCCACUGCACGAACUGUCUGACAUCAACGAACUUCCAGAGAAGGAACGGUCGGACAAGGACAGCACCAGUGCUUACAACACCGGGGGAGAGAGCUGCAGGAGCACACCUAUGGUGAGUGAGCAUCGACUUCCAGUUUCUCAGCUAGAUGAGUCCACAAGCCCUCUACCGAGUAGACACAGGGACCGACCAACCUGGAGUGAAAGAGGACGAGCAAGCCUCAACAGUUCAUAUUCACCAAGCAGCUACAAGAAGUUUCAGACUAACACCCCUAUGAACCAGAAAUUCUGCUCACUCACAAGAGAAGGAACCAUCCGUCGCAUGCCCGAAGGGGUGACACAAGGUGGAAAUUCUAGGGUGAGCAGCCAUAACAGGAAUGGUGGUCGCAGUGCUGAGUCAAGUCCUUACUUCACUCGACGCCGUCAUUCCAACUGCUUCACUCCAGAGCGCUACCAGAGUUGCAUGCAUCUGGGAUCAUCACUUUCUGAGAGUUCUGGACCUUUGGAUAGAGCUGUGGAAGGAGAAAGUGAGGCACCAAUGGGCGGCAGUGACCCUGAGGGCCAUGGGAAUGCCACCUUGGGGUCGUUGCCUCGACCCAGCCCAGUGAAGCUUUCUCUGGCCUUACCAUUGCCACUUCCCCCUGCGUCACCACGCAUGGAGUGGAAGGUGAAGAUAAGAAGCGAUGGGACCCGCUAUGUGGCCAAACGUCCCGUCCGAGACCGGCUCUUGAAAGCCCGAGCUAUGAAGAUCCGUGAGGAGCGUAGUGGAAUGACGACUGAUGAUGACGCAGUGAGCGAAAUGAAGAUGGGUCGCUACUGGAGCAAAGAAGAGCGUAAGCAACAUCUGCUGCGGGCCCGCGAACAGCGCAGACGCAGAGAGUUUAUGAUGCAGAGUCGCUUGGAAUAUAUGAGAGAACACGGUCUGGACAUGGGCAAGGAAAGCCAGUCGGAGUCAGGGCAGAACCCAGCCUCAAUCCUGGAGCUCAGUCAGAAAAAGAGCUCCAAGAAACGCAACCGACGCAUACUGGACAACUGGAUCACCAUCCAAGAGCUACUGGCACAUGGCUCUCGCUCUCCAGAUGGGACAAAGGUGUAUAAUCCUCUUCUGUCUGUUACCACAGUCUGAUGGUGUGGAAGGACAACAGGAAGAGAAUCUAUUUUAUAGUUCUCAACAGUUUCAAGCGUCAAGCCACAUUAAUAAUAUGGCUAAGCAACGUCUAGCAACUAUCGCCCUCUCUAAUUUAAUUUCAACAAAUCCUAUUUGUAACGAGCACUUGAAGUUAAAAUAUCUGAAAGUCCCAAACCAGACAAACUUACUUGAGAAGCAACACU